AUGAUUGAUUCGGCAUUGAAUAGCAGCGGCAAUAAUUCCGCUAACAAUAAUGCAAUUCGGAAAAACGGAGAUAAGCAAAAUAAUGGAACUAUUCAUUGUAAACCACGAAAAAUUUUUCCAUUAGCAGAUGAAAGAAUUGAGGAUUUAAUUUAUCCGAGCAUAACUUAUCACUAUUCCGUAAGCAAUGAUGCACGUUAUGUAUAUGUGAUUGGUGAGGAUCCAACGAAAUUACAAUCUCAACUGUUCGUAUGGGAUUUACAUCGAGGUAUCUCACGGCGUUACACAGUGAUCAAUUUACCACCUUCAUUACAGACGAAACAUCUGUAUGAGAUUAAUUCUUUAGAAGGAAUAUUGGUGUGUUGCAGUUCCGGAUGCUUUCAUAUAUAUGCAGUACGAUUUGAUCACUCUCAGGAAUUAAUUCGAAUACGAAAAACACUUUUUUAUCAAUUGAGCAAUAAUUCACAUUUUUGGAGUUCUGCAAGAGCUUCUGAACGAGGCAUUAUUUUCAUGUCACAACAUGAUCAGAUCCGAAAUUUCUACGUGACGCAGAUUAAUUUGGAUACACCAGUACAAUCCGUCCUCCUUACUGCACACAUGUCUAGCCUACGUUUUUGUGGUCAACCAUGGGUUGAUGGAAACUAUAUGUAUUUAUUUGAAAGUGCCUCAAUAACUACCUAUAUGGAAGUAAAAUAUUUAACAGGACGUUUAGUUCGGGCUAAUUUGCAUACUGGUGAAUUAGAAAUUGUACAUACAAAAGCAACAGGUGUUAUUGGAAAUAGUUUACCAGCUGUACAACAACAACAACGGGAACAACAACAGGUAGAACAAGAAUUCCCACAAGAUGCAAUAUUACAGCAAGUGAGAAGUACCACUACGCUUAUUAGACGUGUAAAACAUGUGGGACGAGAUGGAUGGCUGUGGAUAAUAACGGAAUUUGUGGAACCAUACAAUACUCCUGAUCAAGAUACUACUCAUUGUGAGAUUUGUAUUAUGGAAAUGCAAACAUUUACAUGGUAUCGACUGAAUUGGCUUCCAAAAUGUAAAUUUGAUGAAUUAACAUUGGAUGUUACUUCAAAUGGUACUGUGGUUAUGUUACGGAAAAAAAUGUUACAUAUGGUUAAUCAAGCACAAAUCGAUUCAUUCCUAUUGAUUUCCAGAAAUCCGGAAACAUUGUUAAAGCAAAGUUUUUGUGCUUUAAUUACUUAUUUUCCAACAUGGAGAAAUUUAAAUUGGAAACAAAUGCAUUCAUUUGGUAUACCAGCACAUUUACUUGUUCCUUAA